ACCCAAUCCAAUCUAAUCGUACCCCCUGUCUUCAACCUCUGGAGAGUUGAUCAGAUCGACCGCCGGCCAACCGAAUCGAAAAACUUUUACAGGGAACAUCUCUCUCUCUCUCUCUCUAGGAAAAUACCAAAUCGACGAUUCUGCGAAGACAAAGCCGUCGAUCGUGUGGAAAUGAACGCACAUCACGCUUCUCUUGCUCGACGAACGUUGGAAGAAAUUCGUCAAAAGAGAGCAUCGGAGAGAUUAAGCAAAGCCUCCUCUGGACCCGAUCUAACCAAUGCUUUGAUUUCCAAUGAUGAUCCUCCUGGAAUCACAAAAUCCGAGAGCGCUAGUCGACUCUCAGAGAAUGAUGUUACUGGUUUAGUAUCUCAGCUAAAAGACCUGCAGAAAAAGAACACACAUUUGGAAAAAGAAAACAAGCAAUUGACCUCCAAGCUUCAGACGAAGGAUGCAGAGUGUGAUGUGAUUCAAAAGCGUUUAAAUGAUCUGGAACAGAAUACUGUACCAUCCUUGAGAAAAGCUCUCAAAGAUGUUGCGAUGGAAAAAGAUGCUGCAGUUGUUGCACGGGAGGAUCUCUCAGCCCAACUUCGCACGAUUAAAAAACGAGUAAAAGAAGCAGAAGAAGAACAAUACCGUGCAGAGGAAGAUGCAGCAGCAUUGAGAGCAGAAUUAAAUUCAUUACAGCAACAAGCAAUGAGUGGUCUACCUGGGGGCAUGGGUACAAUGGGGAUUUUACCAGAUCAGAUGCAAUCCAUGGAAAAAGAGCUAGCAAGUUUGAAAUCUCAGUUAAAGCAAGAGUCACUACUGAGGCAGCAAGAGCAACAGCGUUUGGCAGAGGAACAAGCCCGGAUGUAUGCCCUCACCUCUGAAAAGCAGGAGUUGGAAGAAAAACUUGCAGUUAUCUCCAAAAGGACCUCAGAAGGGGUUUUGGAGAAAGCUGCUCAGAAGAUAUUUUCAGUGGAAGACAAGGAGAGACUUGAGAAGCAAUUGCAUGAUAUGGCAGUGGUGGUUGAGAGAUUGGAGAGCAGCAGACAGAAACUGCUAAUGGAGAUUGAUUCCCAAUCUUCAGAGAUAGAGAAGCUUUUUGAGGAAAAUUCUAAUCUUUCAUCUGCUUAUCAAGAGGCAACGGGUGUAGUAGUGCACUGGGAGAAUCAGGUAAAAGACUGUCUUAAGCAGAAUGAGGAGCUCCGCAACAUGUUAGAUAAGUUGAGGACAGAACAAGCUAAUGCACCAGCAUUGAAUGGCAUGGAGAGCCAGAGAGGCCUUUUAGAAGCAAAGAAAGAUGGGGGAAAUGAGAUUGGUUCCCAGACAUAUAUAGCUGAAAUUCUUUCCAUCAAGGGUCAACUUGCUAAAGAACAGAGCAGAGCAGAAGCACUAUCAGCAGAGGUCUUGCAGCUCUCAGCACAACUCCAACAGGCCACACAAGCAUACAAUGGUCUUGCACGACUCUAUAAACCUGUAUUGCGGAGCAUUGAGAGCAAUCUCCUUAAAAUGAAGCAAGAUGGUUCUGUGAUGGUGCAGUGAAGAUGCAGAGCAGUUUCAGGAUUGAUCAAACCCCUUGGUGGCAUAUCCCAUGUGGAAAUCAGUGGCUUUUGUAGACAAGGGUCCCGCUUACAGCAGGGUUUGUGAAAGUUCGUUAUCUUACCCCUACACGGUGACAAACUAAGGGAAUAUCUGAUGGGGGUUCAUACACAUUUUUUAAAAUUUUUUAUUUUGGUGCCAUAAACAAUUAAACAUUUAGUACAUGUAAUGCUAACCAUUGUAGAUUAUGAAUUGUUCUUAAAUAUAACAUCAUUUAUUCAAAA